UCUACUUUGUAUACGAAUCGCUUGCGAUACCCGUACCCGCACCAGCAAUCCAAAAUGGCUCCAGGCGCCAUCUUCGAACAACCCAACAUUGCUGAGCCUUUUAACAAGCGUGACGGCCUUGCCCUCGAGGUCACCUCGGACGCUAUCGACGAUGUCAACGUUCUCAGAGCUACAUUGAAAGUCAAAAACGGCACCGCAACCCAGUGCGAAAAGGACAUCUACGAUGCCUCUCAAUUCGACUCCGAAAAAGACAAGACCCAGUUCCGGCAGUACGCGGAGGCCUGCGACCGCGUCAAGAACUUUUACCGUGAGCAGCAUGAGAAGCAGACUGUUGCUUAUAACCUAAAGGCGAGGAACCAGUUUCAUUCGAAGACGCGAGCAGAGAUGACGAUCUGGGAAGCCAUGGAGAAGUUGAAUACACUCAUUGAUGAAUCUGACCCCGACACCUCCCUCUCCCAAAUCGAGCAUCUUCUCCAAUCUGCUGAGGCGAUUCGACGGGAUGGAAAGCCCCGAUGGAUGCAACUCACAGGUCUAGUCCAUGAUCUUGGCAAACUUCUCUUCUUCUUCGACGCCCAAGGUCAAUGGGAUGUCGUUGGCGACACCUUCCCUGUUGGAUGUGCCUUUGAUUGUCGAAUCAUUUACCCAGACACCUUCGUUGGAAAUCCAGACUCCAGCAACGAAAUAUAUAGCACUGAACACGGUAUCUACAACCCCGGCUGCGGUAUGGAUAAUGUCAUGUUGUCUUGGGGCCACGACGAAUAUCUCUACCACAUCAUGAAGGAGCAAAGCACCCUCCCAGACGAGGGUCUGGCAAUGAUCCGGUACCACAGCUUCUACCCCUGGCAUAAAGAGAAUGCGUACAGGUGGAUGAUGAACAAGAAGGAUGAACGCAUGCUAGAAGCUGUUAGGGCGUUUAACCCUUAUGAUCUCUAUAGCAAGAGCGAUGAAGUGCCUAAGGUUGAGGACCUUAAGGACUAUUAUGUGGAUUUAAUCGAUGAGUUUGUAGGCAAGGAUAAGAAGAUUAAGUGGUGA